AUGGCAGUAACAGUGUUCCUGGAGCCGAGGCGGGAAGGGAAAAGACCCGCCCAGGAGUACAAGGACAUCAUCCUUUGUUCCAGAAGACAAGAGAGUGGUGUCCUUGGUCAACAGGUAGAUAGGAUGAGCCCAUUGAGAAAAAAGACAUUUCUGUUCCACGACAUACAAAAAAUACUAAAAGGCACUGGGCUCGAACGGCUUCCGGUCAACUGUGUCCUGCUUCCGCCAAUUCAGAUUUCCGUUGACUCAAUAUAAUUGUUGUCAUUCUCGUCAACCGAAUGGUUCAGUAUGAAUGGGCCCUUCUGAUUAUGUUGGCAGUGAAUUGUGAAUCGGUAUUGUAGUCUGUCGGAAUCUCACUAAAUGAAUGUAAUACAGGUCAAUUUGAUCGACAAAGCAGAGGUGCAUGUAACUGGAAAUCAAUAGCCCAGAGACGGAGAAGACUGGUUCAUGCGGCUAAAGAUCUAAAAGUUCUAAAGACAGCAGCAAAAAAAA